AUGGCGGAUGUCCCAACGAUAAAGAUUACGCUUCUGGGUGCCGGACAGGAAGUUGGUAGAUCUUGUUGUGUGAUCCAGUACAGGGGAAAGACCAUUGUCUGUGAUGCGGGUGUCCACCCUGCCUACAGUGGCAUUGCAUCAUUGCCCUUCGUGGAUGAACUGGACUGGAGCACGGUCGACGUGUUACUCAUUACUCAUUUUCACCUCGACCAUGCUGCUGCUCUGACAUACAUCACCGAGAAGACGAAUUUCCGAGAUGGAAAGGGAAAAGUUUAUAUGACCCACCCGACCAAAGCUUUGCAUAAAUUCAUGAUGCAGGAUUUUAUGCGGAUGAGUUCUUCGACGUCUGACGCCCUGUUCUCGCCUUUGGAUCUUUCCAUGUCCUUGUCAUCAAUUAUUCCAGUCUCUGCUCAUCAAGUUAUUACUCCAUGUCCUGGUGUUACGUUUACGCCCUACCACGCAGGUCAUGUUCUCGGGGCUUGUAUGUUCCUGAUCGAUAUAGCUGGCCUCAAGAUUUUGUAUACUGGUGAUUACUCUCGAGAAGAAGACUGCCAUCUGGUCAAAGCAGAAGUACCCCCUUUUCGGCCUGAUGUCCUCAUCAUAGAAAGCACGUAUGGUGUGCAGACUUUGGAAUGUAGGGAAGAUAAAGAACAACGGUUUACGAACCUCGUUCACUCCAUCAUUCGUCGUGGUGGACAUGUCCUGCUGCCUACUUUCGCUCUGGGAAGGGCACAAGAGUUGUUGCUGAUUUUGGAUGAAUAUUGGAAAAAACACCCCGACCUUCACAACGUUCCUAUUUACUAUGCUUCGAGCUUGGCGCGAAAAUGUAUGGCUGUCUACCAGACGUACAUCCACACUAUGAAUGCCAAUGUCCGUUCAAGGUUUGCGAAGCGCGACAACCCCUUUGUUUUCAAGCAUAUAUCAAACCUCCCGCACACUCGUGGAUGGGAGCGCAAGGUUGCGGAUGGCCCACCUUGUGUGGUGUUAGCCAGCCCUGGUUUCGUAACGGUAGGCGCAAGUCGAGAGCUGCUUGAGAUGUGGGCGCCGGAUUCCAGAAACGGCAUUAUCAUCACAGGCUACUCAAUUGAAGGCACGAUGGCGAGGGACAUUCAAAGCGAACCCGACGAAAUUAUGUCUCUCAAGGGCGUCCCCAUUCCGCGCAAGCUUUCUGUCGAUGAAAUUUCAUUUAGUGCCCACGUCGAUUAUUCGCAGAAUUCUGAGUUCAUCGAGAUGGUCAAAGCCCAACAUAUCGUCCUGGUACACGGUGAACAGACUGCUAUGGGGCGACUACGAGCUGCAAUGACCGAUAGGUAUAAGAGCCGGGAUGAAGAUGUGAAGAUCCACACGCCUCGAAAUUUGGAGACGCUUGAGCUCACAUUCCGUGGCGAGCGAGUUGCAAAAGCGAUUGGCACCUUGGCUGCCCAGCCCCCACAAUCCGGAGACCUCCUCUCUGGCUUGCUUGUUGCUAAGGACUAUUCGUAUACGCUGUUAGAUCCACGGGACUUGCGAGACUUCGCUGGUUUAUCGACAUGUGUGGUCACACAGCGGCAAAAAAUGGUCCUCGGUGUCGGCUGGGAUCUCGUACGGUGGCACUUGGAAGGUAUGUUCGGUAAAGUCGAAGAGGGUUUGGACAAAGACGGUGUUCCAACAAUUCGAGUGAUGGGCGCGGUGGAUGUCAAACAGAGUCAAGAGCACGAGUUGAUACUCGAAUGGGAUUCGAGUGCAAGUAACGACAUGAUCGCUGAUUCUACGCUUGCAUUAUUAACCGGAAUUGACAAGAGCCCUGCCUCUGUGAAGUUAACCACGCACCCACAUUCUCACUCACAUACACACGCCCCCGAACACCCCCAUCCGCACGCAGACGUUGAGGAUGAGAGUGCAGAAGUGACACGCAUUCAACGGCUGGCAAUGUUCCUCGAGGCACACUUCGGCGAAGUCGAGCUGCACAUGCCUGAGGAGACAGAUGAGCCUGAACAAGGCGAGGAUGCCCACGAGCCAUCGCUACUCGUGCGACUCGAUGAAGCAGACGCACUCAUUAACUUGGUUUCCAUGACGGUGAGCAGCACAAAUGAGGCGCUGAGGAAACGUGUCGAGACAAUACUCGAUAUGGCGGUGUCUACCGUCAGCUCCCUCAAUGAAUCGUUCACGUCUGGCAUUGCAUUGACCUCCGAGGAUAUCGCACAGCAUGAUGUUGUGAAGGACAAGUCAAGUAGCUCUCCGAUGCCCUUGGGGGUCGUUCCGGAGGAGCCUGCACACGUCACCCCUCCUGAGGUCGAACACCCAAGCGAUGGGAAUGUCUCAAUGAAACAAGAAAUAGCUGAAGAAUUGCCAGCUGAGGAUGUAGUUGAGACAGAGCCGAUUGAGCCCAAGGAGGCCAUACAGGCAGCAGCAGUAGUGAAGGGAGGUGAGCGUAGUCUCGGAGCUGAUGGAGAGGACGGAAGCGACUCGGGGUCAGAGGAUGAUGGGAUUCUAGAAGUGCACAACUAA